CUUCAGUAGGUUUCGAAAUAGAAAAGCUGGACUGCAUAUGAGGGAGAAGGGGUUGGAACAGUUGGUCAGGAAAAUAAAAGACGUAUAUUAAAUUGAUUUUUAGAAGCAAAAGCAGAAACCUGUGUUGAGUACCAGAACGUGUUUAAUUGAUGAAUUGCAGCUCCGUAAAUAUUCCGCUGAUUGCAUAAAGUGUAAAGCAGUCAAGAGCCGAACGGAAAGGCCCGGCCACUGUGAGCAGCUCGAUCAACAAGAGAGACAUCCUUUCAUUCAGUGUUAGGAGGAGAAAUGGCAUUGGAUUUCGUUGCAGGAUGCCUGGGAGGUGUUGCAGGUGUUCUUGUUGGGCAUCCCUUUGAUACAGUCAAGGUUCGACUUCAAGUACAAAAUUCUGACCAGCCACGUUAUCGUGGGACUGUACAUUGUUUCCGGUCCAUUAUCAGACAGGAGUCUAUAUUUGGUCUGUACAAAGGUAUUGGUUCGCCAAUGAUGGGUUUGACUUUCAUCAAUGCUAUUGUUUUUGGUGUCCAAGGAAAUACAAUGCGUUACUUGGGAAAGGAUACACCACUUAACCAGUUCCUUGCAGGUGCUGCAGCUGGGGGUAUCCAAUGCGUUAUUUGUUGCCCCAUGGAACUGGCAAAAACCAGGAUGCAGCUUCAAGGCAUGGGUGAAUACCAAGUUAAAAGUAAAGUCUACAAGAAUUCACUCGACUGUUUAAUCAGAAUUUACAAAAAGCAAGGAAUCCGUGGAAUCAACAAAGGCAUGGUAACCACUAUUUUCAGAGAAAUACCUGCUUUUGGUUUCUACUUCCUUACUUAUGAUUGCCUGACCAGAGCCUUACACUGUGAGCCCGAUGACAGUUACGUAAUUCCCAAACUGUUGUUUGCUGGUGGUAUGUCUGGGAUUGCAUCUUGGAUUUCCACCUAUCCCAUGGAUGUCAUUAAAUCCCGAAUGCAAGCUGACGGAGUUGGAGGGAUAAAUCAGUAUAGUGGCAUUAUGGACUGUAUCCGUCAGAGUUACCAGAAGGAAGGAUGGCAGGUGUUCACAAAGGGGCUCACCUCUACUCUUCUCAGAGCGUUCCCUGUCAAUGCUGCUACUUUUGCUACUGUCACACUCUUCCUUAUGUACACAAGGGCUGAUGAUGAUUGCAAGGAGCUGGAGUCUGCCUCUGCAAUCCAGCAGCAUUCAAGCCUCUAAAGCGUCUUCCUUGUUACCUGUGCAGAGCAGCGGCUGUGAUAACUCAAUUUUACUCAAUCCUAUUUUUGUAAGUGUAGUAAAGUUAUGAAAAUGUUUCAGGGUGUAAAUAAGCUCCAUUUAAAAAUUAAGUCUUUAUAAAAUAAAGUCAUAGGUCUAACUUUUAACAGAAUUCCAUCAGUUUUGUGAGACUACAGCUUCAUGCCUUAUAUUAAAUGAAUGUAUAUAUUGCAUUUUAGUUUAUAAACAUAGUAAGAAAAAUAUUACUUUGGCUCAUUGCAGUAGGCAUGUACUGUACAGAAACUAAUUAACAGGGCUGGUUUUAGAGUCAUAGAAAGCACAGAGGGUCCAGGUUUAGAAAAAUGAAGAUUUCUGAAGAAAUUGCAGUACACUUUCACUUUUUCCUGAGACUUGUUAAUGGGCAAUAAGGAACUGGCCACCCUUUUACACACUACCUAUUUCCUCAUUUCCAUGGAAGUGAAUGGUAAAUCAGGUACCACAAUGUAAAACUAGCAGUCAAUCCAAUAUAAUGUUUCCCACCUGGAAGUAAAAGUAAACUUUUACCUCUUUAAUAUGAAUAAGAUGCAUGCAGCUAAAUUAGUUUGUACUCCAUUUUUAGUCUGUGUUUUCAGCACAGUAGAGUAACUUCAUUGGCGAUUAAUGGCCUGAAUUGUAACAAACCCUAAUGUAUUCAAUUAAGUAGGAGGUAUGCUUUCUCAGAAAACAGCAUUUGAGCUGACAUAUUAAGUCUUAGUGUUUCACCCAUGCUAAAUAGCAAAAACUGCUAACCUCAGUACCUAAAUGGCUGUUGAGCCUUGAAUAUUGUGCUCACUAUGUGGCACAUUUAUCCAUUAUUACUGUUGUGGUAAGUCAGGAUCUUGCAGGCUUUAGCCCUUUCUUUUGCAAAGACCUGAUGUAACUUGAAUAAUUCACACUUUUUAGCCAGUUCUAUUCUGCAAAACAAUCUGUUACAUUUUGUUAUUAUUUUUACAGUAUUUUUCCCAACCCCACUAAUUUCCUAGCUGUAAUGAUAUGUUUCAUAGCCCUUGCUCCCUCACCGCAACGUAUUUUAGUAAAGUAUAUACAAUUAGUUUUACUAGGAACCAAUCACUUCACAACUGAGUUUUCAGAAAUUUGUACACCUCUGUCAUUUUGAUAUGUUGUGACACCUUGUUCAUUUAAUUAUGAUUUAUGUGCAGUACACCAAUGGAAUUUCUGUUUUUAUUUUUUGUUGUGAUAUGUUGAUGAGGAAUUGUUACUGUGAAUAAACCAAUGUGGUAGCUCACCAGUCCUACAGGUUGCUGAGUUAGUCACUUCACAGAUGGAUAGAAUAUUACUAUAUCAGGGUCCAUGUACAUUUAGCUUUCCUAACACUUAAGUAGGUUCUUCAGUGUUGCACUGUUUUGAGUGCAGUAUGUGCUGUAAACUUCCUGAAAUAUAUGUUGCUUCUCACCUCUCCAGAGGUUGCAGUGUUGGAAAGCCUCACAGUGGGAGCCACAGUGUUGACAUCUUGGGGACAGUUCAGCCACAUUCAUAAUGAUUGUUACAGCUAAUAUGAAUUGGUAUAAUUGUGACUUGAAACAGGCUGGAUGUUUAGAUUCACUAUCCAAUGAUAUGUGGAUUAGAAGUCACUCAUCGCUUAAGUUUUGUGCAGCAGGUCCUUGUGUCAGUAAGCUUCUGGCAUCUGGAUGGAAUUUAAAAAUAAGUCUGAGCAAGUUUAUUUUAAAUUAAUAGUGUAUAGCUGUUUUACGCUUUACUGUUAAAGGUAAAAUUUUAAAGCAUUACCAGUUUCAUCUACCAAAGGAUAGAGGUUUUUUUUUCUGUUCGAAGGUCCAGCACUCCUUUUAAGAUUACUGUUGUGCAUGAACUCCCACCUGCCCAUCUUUAUGCAAUUUCUGGAAAGCAUAUGUUGCCUUGGUUAACCAAGGUGGUUACGUGGCAUUGAACGACUAAUGACGGGUAGGGAUUACAGAAAUCCAAGCUUCUCUGUAAAUUGGGACAGGUGCAAUACAUAUUGGUCUGAGAUGCUGAUCAACAAAGAUUCUCAAUUUGCGCCAUUUCCAGGAUAUUUUUUUAAUGGGCACUGAACACUUUAUUUCACAAUGUGAGAAAAGAGAAAGCAUUUGUUCGUUCCUAGCACUAUGAUCAACUUUCUCACUUAUCAUGCAAAUUGCAAUUUCAAAGUGAGUGUUUGUUUGAAUCUGGAAACCUUGAAUGUCUAUAUAUUAUCUGAACAAUUUCCAUAUCAGAAUUGAAAAUGCAUGUUUGAUUAACAGUACAGUACAGCUUUGACUUUUUGGUCAAUUAGUUUGUACUGUGUAUUGCUUGUUUCAAUAUGUUUCACAUCAUGUACCUUACUAUGUAAAGUACCAUAGGGAGACUGUAAGGAGAAAAAAGGGAAAAUAAAAUCCAUAUUCAGAUUGA